AUGGAGGUGCCUUCCAGCUGCCGGUCCCCAGCUUCCAGGCCAGUCAAUGACACGCCGCUGAGCAGCGGCUCGCUGAUCUCCUUGGAAUCCAGCGUCUUCUGCAGCGAGGGAGAAGGAGAGCCCUUGGCUCUGGGAGACAGCUUCACAGUCAACGUGGGAGGCAGCCGCUUCGUCCUGUCCCAGCAAGCGUUGUCCUGCUUUCCGCACACGCGGCUGGGCAAGCUGGCGGUGGUGGUGGCAUCGUGCCGCCACCCCGGCACCCUGGCCGCUGCCUCCAGCACUCUGGAGCUUUGCGACGACGCCAACCUUGUGGACAAUGAGUACUUCUUCGACAGGAGCUCUCAAGCUUUCCGCUACAUCCUACACUACUACCGCACUGGCCGGCUGCACGUCAUGGAGCAGCUGUGUGCGCUCUCCUUCCUACAGGAGAUCCAAUACUGGGGCAUCGACGAGCUGAGCAUCGACUCCUGCUGUAGAGACAGGUACUUGAAAAGGAAGGAGUUGAGUGAGACCUUAGACUUCAAGGAUGAUACUGAAGACCAGGAGAGUCAGCAAGAGAGUGACCAGGACUUUUCUCAAGGGCUCUGCCCUACUACUCGACAGAAGCUCUGGGACAUUCUGGAAAAACCGGGGUCUUCCACAGCUGCCAGGAUCUUUGGAAUCAUCUCUAUCAUCUUUGUGGUUGUGUCCAUUGCCAACAUGGCCCUGAUGUCAUCUGAGCCAAGCUGGCUGGACAUGCAGCUAUUGGAGGCCCUGGAGUACCUGUGCAUUACUUGGUUCACAGGGGAGUUUGCCCUGCGCUUACUCUGUGUGAGGAAUAGGUGUGGCUUCCUAAGGAAGGUGGCAAAUAUCAUUGACCUCCUGGCCAUCCUCCCCUUCUAUAUCACUCUGUUGGUGGAGAGCCUGAGCGAAAGUGAGACCACACAAGAGCUGGAAAACGUGGGGCGCAUCGUGCAGGUUUUGAGGCUGCUCAGGGCUUUGCGCAUGCUAAAACUGGGCAGACAUUCAACAGGCUUGCGGUCACUAGGAAUGACACUAACUCAGUGUUAUGAAGAGGUUGGCCUGCUGCUCCUGUUUCUCUCUGUGGGCAUUUCAAUAUUUUCAACUGUGGAAUAUUUUGCUGAACAAAGCAUGCCAGGCACAACCUUCACGAGUGUGCCUUGUGCAUGGUGGUGGGCUACAACAUCCAUGACUACUGUGGGUUAUGGUGACAUUAGGCCAGAUACCACUACGGGCAAAAUUGUGGCCUUUGUGUGUAUACUAUCUGGGAUACUUGUUUUGGCCUUGCCUAUUGCUAUUAUUAAUGACCGCUUCUCUGCCUGCUAUUUUACUCUGAAGCUGAAGGAAGCAGCUAUUCGACAACGUGAAGCCUUGAAGAAAUUGACAAAGAAUAUAGCCACUGACUCCUAUAUCAGUGUUAAUUUGAGAGAUGUUUAUGCCCGAAGUAUCAUGGAAAUGCUCCGAUUGAAAGGCAGAGAAAGAGCAAGUACUAGAAGCAGUGGGGGAGAUGACUUCUGGUUUUAAUUCCACUUCCAGUGUAUUUCUGAAUAAGCUUGUAUGUAAUUGGCAAGGUUAAUGAAGUAUUGAUGUAUGUGUCUGCUAAUGUUAAAAUGAUUAUCUUGUAGCAUUUACUAUUUUAAUUCUUUCAACUUGUUUCCUUAGUGUAUCAGAAUAUUUUAUAUCCCCAAAGGCAAAGAGAAAUAUUCAGGGUGACACUAAAGCUAUUUUUCAUUUUUGGAUCUCAAAACAGCCAAACCAAUUAAUACAUCAAAAUGAAACCAUCCCAAUGACAAAUGUAUGGCAGCUUUCUAAUGUGCACUGACAAAACUAUGACAUGGAGAGCAUUAGGGAAGUGAUUAUGCCUUCAAGCUCAAUUUAUAAAGGAAAGGUAAUUAAGAAAAAAAUUUCAGAACACAAAAAGAUGGUAAAAGUGUAUAUCUAUAUAGAUUACCUUUUUUUCUACUCAAUUGCAUUUCCCUAGGAAAGAAAUUACUUUGUUAAUUCGUCAGAGACAGUUGCUGAUAUAGCCACACUCCUGGACUCAAUCCCUAAAUGUGCCAAUUAGCUUUGAACUAAGACAAUGUUGGUUUUCUAUUUGCAGAUUGAUCCUCCAUUCUCAUAAAAUGCCCUGAUUAAAUAACUAGGAUAGGUAACAUAUGAGAUGGGCAAGUGACUCUGGAUGGUUGCUGUAAUGCAUCAUCCUUGCUUGGGGGUUAGCGGUGGGGGGAGAGGGACAAUGAUAUAAGGGCAGGUAUGUGGAAUGCAGACUACAUACAAUGCAGUAUUAGGGUCCAGUUGACAGCUUUCCCACCUGAAGGAAUGGAAUACUUUUUUCCUAGACAACUGGUAUGGUAACUCUGUGGGUUCACUAUGGGUAAUACAAUUACUAAGGCAGUUUGCUUGGACAGUAUCUCAGGUAGAUUUUAGACUGGUGCCUGGUCUGACUAUGGAUAUCUUUUAUUUCUUCUUUGAUUCAGUGAAUAUUUGAGGAUUACAUCAUGAACAAAUUACAAAUUCAGAAUUUUAAUUAUUAAAUGACCUCAUUUCAGUCAAUGAAAAGGGUAUAUUUGAUUAACUCAGUAGACUCAGUAGUCAUUUAUUUAUUCAAUUAUAUUCUGUACAUUUCUCUCAUUGUACAGUAAAUUUUCAAUUAAAGUUUUGAGGCUGA